AUGGUUGCAACUACCGCGCACCUGCUGGCCAUUCCACUAGCACUAGCCGCGUUGGUACUGCGGCAGCCCUCGACACGCGCCUCAGCGCAGCAGCCGCCACUGCCGCGGCCGGCGGCGGUCGCGCUGCGUGGCUGCCGCGACAAGUGCGGGAACAUCACCGUCCCCUACCCCUUCGGCAUCGGCGACGGUUGCUACCGUAACGAUGGAACGCCGGGGUUCAGCCUUGAGUGCAACGAAACCUGGUCCCCACCGCUGCUCACCGUCGCCUACCCCUACGGCAUCCAACGGCUCGCCCGUUUUAACCUGGAAGCCGGCGAGGCUCGGGCCUACGUGAGCACGACGCGCACCUGCUACAACUCCACUGGAGGCCAGAUCAACUCGACCGGGAGCAGCAACUACAUGCAACUGAUGAACAGCCACCACCGCUUCUCCAACGCAAAGAACUCCCUCGUCUCGCUCGGCUGCCCCGUCCUUGGCUACUUCGUCGACGGCAACGGCUACUACGUCAGCGGCUGCAUGUCCCCAGGGCAGGGAGACCCCAUCUUCAACGCCGACUUCACGGCAUGCCGGUACGUGUUCCUGGUGGAGACUGACUGGUUGACGACCACGUACAGCGACCGUGCCUACUCGAACCGGAGCGGAGACUUCGCGGUGCCUCUCGUCCUCGACUGGGCCGUCCGGAACGUCGGCAACUGCACCGCCGGCAGGCGCAACGCUACCGAUUUUGCUUGCCGGAGCACGCUCAGCGAGUGCGCCAACUCCAGCAACGGCCCAGGGUACAGGUGCAGCUGCAAGGGAGGCUACGAGGGCAACCCCUACCUCGACGGUGGAUGCAUAGACAUCGACGAGUGCCAGCGCAGAGACCAAUACCCAUGCUUCGGCGUCUGUACAAACACUCCGGGAAGCUAUACUUGCCAAUGUCCUCCGGGGACAAGUGGAGACGCCUCCAGGCAGAAUGGUUGCCGGCCCAAGGACAAGUUCACAUUAGCUCUCAGAGUAGUUACAGGAGUUAGCGCUGGUGUGUUCUUGCUCGGCUUCACGUGCUUCUGGCUCUACCUGGGCUUCCAGAAGAGGAAGCUCAUCAGAGCCAAGCAAAAGUUCUUCGAGCAGAACGGGGGCGUGCUCCUGCAGCAACAGAUGCGCUCCUAUGACAGGGCUGGCGCCGGAGCGGCAGGGUUCAAGAUAUUCUCCAAGGAAGAGCUCCAGAAGGCGACCAACGGCUUCGCCGCCGACCGCGUUCUCGGCCGCGGUGGGCAUGGCAUCGUCUACAAGGGUGUACUCGAGGACAGGAGGGUGGUGGCCAUCAAGAAGUCAAAGAUGAUGGAGGAGGCCGAGACCAGGGAGUUCGCCAGGGAGAUGUUGAUCCUGUCCCAGAUCAACCACAGGAACGUCGUCAAGCUGCUUGGGUGCUGCCUCGAAGUCGAGGUGCCUAUGCUGGUGUAUGAGUUCGUCUCCAACGGCACUCUCUACCACUACAUCCAUGACAAGGAUUCCAAUGCCGACAUCUCCCUCAACACCCGUCUCCGGAUAGCGGCAGAGUCUGCGGAGGCACUCGCGUAUAUGCACUCAUCGGCUUCACCACCCAUACUCCACGGGGAUGUCAAGACGGCAAACAUCCUGCUCGAUGACAAGCUCACAGCCAAAGUUUCGGACUUUGGGACGUCAAAACUGGCACCAAAUGAUGAGGCCGAGAUCGCAACAUUGGUGCAGGGGACGUGGGGUUACCUAGACCCCGAGUACCUUAUGACAUGCCUUUUGACCGAUAAGAGCGACGUUUACAGCUUCGGCGUCGUCCUGCUGGAGCUCCUGACUAGAAAGAAGGCGUUGUACUUUGAAGGCCUGGAGGAAGAUAGGAGCCUCGUAUCUUGCUUCAUAACGGCGGUGAAAGCUGGCCGGAUGGAAGAACUGCUAGACAUCCAGGUGAGAAAUGAGAUAAGUGCCUGCGAUAUUCUCCAAGAGAUUGUGGAUCUUGUGAUGCAAUGCGUCAGCAUCAGUGGUGAGGAACGCCCACCGAUGAAGGAGGUCGCAGAGAGGCUGGUGAGGUUGAGGAGAUACCAGAAGCACCCUUGGACUCAGGAUGAUGGCAAUCCAGAGGAGACACAGGGCUUGCUGCUUGUCUCAGAGCAACGUAAUGGGCAUCUUCAGUCCGGACACCAACAACAUGCCUUUAAUAUUGAAGAUGGCACUAGAUAUUUUACCUUGUAG